AUGAACACUCAUUCCAGCUACAAGGAAGACAUGGUCAGACGGGCGCAGGAGCAACUUGAGGUCGGCCUCGCCCAGAUUGCGACCGCGUCUCCCUUCCGCCAGAGGCUCCUGACGAAGGCCACCGCCCUCAAACUAUACUAUUUUGACCCGUUCCUAUCCACUACGGAUGUCGGCGGAGCUCCGGGAGCCUCCGCCGAGCGAAUCUGGACGACCCGCCACAUCGCCCAUGCGCUGGGUCGAUCGCAGUCCAUGAUCGCCCGCUGCAUCAAGGCCCACGCCAACCUCGCUCCUGACAUUCCUGGAAUGACCUUAGAUGAGUUGGCUGACGUUCUGCGCGAGGAUCCCAUCCAGGGACAAGGCUACGUGUUCACCGUCCCCGAGGAGCAAGAGCUCGUCGAGUUUGUCAAGCGGUGCUGCUUAGGAGCUGUCUCUCUGAGCAAAACGGAAUUCACUCGAUAUGUGCUUGCAGCCUCGAAGGUGCCGAGGCCGGACGGCGUGGAAAGACGUCAAUUUGAGCACGACAAAGUUUCCGACAAGUGGGUCAAUGAUUUUGUCGCCCGUCACAGCUCACAGAUUGGCUGGCGCAGUAGCAGCGUGUUGGAAACACUUCGAGUGGCUGCUUUGAGUGAAAAGAAGCUCGGCAGUUUGUUCGCGCUACUGGCGGAGUACAGCAAUCUUUACCCGACUCUUUUCGCUACGCCGGCCAAUAUUUUCAACAUGGACGAGUCGGAUUGCUCUGUGGGUCGUAAAAAGAAGCGUGCCCUGGCUGCUGUUGGUGUCAAGCGUGUCAGUCGGCGAUCUGGCCGAACCAUUACGAUGGGACCGCAUGUUACUGGUCUGUUUACUGUUUGUGCUGAUGGCACCGCUCCUGUUGCGCCCCACUUCAUUGUCGCGCAUCCACGGCCCACUCUACCUCACAGGUGCACCGAGGGCCUGGACGAGGAGUUGAUUCACCAGUCCGAGUCCGGCUUCAUCAACGAGGAAAUCUUCGACAAGUGGUUUCGAGAUUUCGUCGAGGUCGUCAAGGAGCGAGCUACCACCACCCCCGUUCUAUUGGUGAUGGAUGGCAGCUCGUGUCACAAGUUCACUGUCGGGUUGAUUGACCUCGCGGUGAGCAACAACAUCCUGGUUGCGAUCCUUCCAUCGCACACGUCGACUCACUUGCAGCCGCUCGACGUCACCGUCUUUGCCUGGUACAAGAACUUGCUCGAGACUCACGUGCAGUCGCUUUUGGAUGAAGACUCGCCACUCAUCGACGUGAACAUCAAGCUUCACGGGGCCAUUCGGGCGUGGAACGAAAUUGACGACCGAUCCAACUUGAUCCGAUCUGGGUUUCGCCAAACUGGUAUCUAUCCGCUGGACACGGAAAAGCACAAGACCCUAGCGUUGCCUUCCGUCGCUGACGUUGCCGUGUCUACGACCCCCUCGCUGCACAUUCCCGAGCCACCCCCGACCCCGGAUGCUCGGUAUUCGGCGUUGUACCGUGUCCGUCAGAUUGCCGAUGCCGCCCUGGUAACCAUUGGUUGCACUCCGAGAGCUCUACAGCAAAAGAGGGUGCACGAUGCAGCGGUAGCUGAUUUGCGUCGAAAUCUCGAGGUCGAACUUUCGGUGCAAGAAGUCCUUCGGGCCCCACCCAGGCCCCUGCGGUCCAGGAGCGUUGGCAACAGCUCCAUGCGCGUUUCUAUGAACUCGACCGCUCGAUCCCCGCUUACGCCGGAGAAUAGGGAUGCCCAGCUUAAGCGGCAGGAGUUGCAAGAGAAGAGGAAGCAGCUCGAACCUCUGAAAGAAGAGUACAAUCGGCAACGGCCCAUCUUCCUCCGCACGCUAAAAGACCUUGACUCACGCAUCUUGACACUUGCGGAGACAAUUCUUGCUCUGGAGACUCAGCUGGCUGCUCUGGGAGAAGAGGUCGAGCAGGACAUCGAAUCGGCAACUGCCGCGGAGACCCGAAACAAGCUAGCUGCUGCUCGCCUCAGGCCUAGGCCCAUUCUCGCUUCGCAAUCGAUGGCGAACGACACUGUCGACUUGGAUCAAUCAGCCAGCGAGGAGGAAAGCGAGUCUGACGACGAUGACGACGAGAAUCAAGCGUCGUCCGAAAUGGCUUCCGCUGCCAUCGGCCACAACGACAACCAGGAGGACCCCAGCGAUGUCCAGCGUCAACCUCAAGCCGCCCGCAAGCGUCGCCAGGAAGAUGACGAUGAAAACGUCGCGCCCGUCUUCACCACGGUCACAUCAGACUCGAGCGAUGUUGUUCAAGUCGAUUAUCAGCUGAGCUCCACCGAACUCCAAGAAAUCCGACGCUAUCGCAUGCCAACGCGUAGUACUACGAAGCAAGAUGGACAUAAUGUCAAAUUGGCGCGUGUAGACCUCCAACCUGCGUCGUCAAGGCCGGCGCUCAGCGACCUGACAAACCUUUCUCGAAGCAACACGCUACCACUGUAA